UCCGUCCGCGCGACGUACGGCUCGCCGCAGGCAGUAUCGUCGUGCGCGAGAGAGCGAGCGCUGGUCCAUGUCUGCCGCCUUGUUAUUAUUCUCCAGCUGGGGUACUUACCCGGUUACGUAUUUCUCGUCACCAAGUUUGCUGCAAUAGGAGUGGGCAGACGGGCAAAUAGAGAUCGACACUGUAACUUCUGGCAAAAUGGUUCUCUUGACGAUGAUCGCGAGGAUAUCGGACGGUCUCCCGUUGGCAGCCACUAUACAGGAGAACGAACAGAGUGGCAGGAGUAUCUUGGAGUAUCAAAAUCAAGCAAAGAUGUUAUUUAGGAAGCUAGCUCCACAGUCUCCGACAAGGUGUACCUUAGAAACUGGACCGUAUCUUUUCCACUAUUUAAUUGAAAAUGGAAUCUGUUAUCUAAUAUUGUGUGAAAGGAAUUACAGUACGCGCAUAGCUUAUAGUUAUCUGGAAGAUAUUGCGCAAGAAUUUUAUGCACAGUAUGGCAAACAUGUAAAUAUAGUAACCAGGCCUUAUACUUUUAUUGAAUUUGAUACAUAUAUCCAGAAAGCCAAGAAAGUCUUUUCGGAUGGUAGGUCUCGCAGGAAUUUAAAUACACUUAAUAACCAGCUGCAAGAUGUACAGAGAAUUAUGGUACAAAAUAUUGAUGAUGUCUUGCAAAGGGGUACUGUACUUUCAGAACUGGAUACAAAAACACAAAACCUGUCCAUGUUAUCUCAGAAGUAUAAGAAAGAUGCAAGACAUCUAAAUAGCAAAUCAAUGUAUGUGAAAGCUGUUGCAGGCCUCAUUGCAUUUCUGGUCUUCCUGUUAUAUUUCUUUGUUCUUUAGUUAAACAACACAAGGAAAACAAAGAUUCAGUAUGCAUCAAGGAUAUUCCAUUUUCCAAGGCAGAAUAUAUUUUAUUUAUCUCGCCUAUAAUUAUGAAAUAUUUAUCAUUUUAACACUUGUCUACAUCGAUAUAUUGAUGUGUGAGAAAAAAACGAAAAUUUUCAUCUUACAUUUAAAAAUAUAAAAAUUUUAGAAAUUAUAUCAAUAUAUGCAAAACAUGUCUACACCUAUAAUGAAACAAUAUAAAUAUAUUAUAUGUGUAAUUCUAUAGUAAAACACUCAACGUUUUUUAACGCUGUGCAAUGACACUAGAUUCAACAAAUAUUUUGUUAUAUAAUAUAGGAAUGAAUAGAGAGAGAUAUACGAUUUUUACUACAUUUUGUUUCUAUUGAGUUGUUCUAGUGUUCUUAUAAUAAAAAGACAAAAAAUGA